UUUUAAAUUUUAACAUGUACAUAAAUCUCUGUACAUUUCUGAUUUGUGUUUUGUCACUGUUGUCAUCGUCGUCAUGUGCAAGACAUUGUCCUAGAGACAGAUCCAGAACUGUUCGCAGGUUGCUAAAAGAAGUUAUUUAUCCUCUAUUUCAACAAGCCAAGACCAGUAUACCUGACACCUGUCAGUUUUCCCCAGAGAGAGAUAAAUAUGUAUUGCAAGAAGAGAACAAAGUUUCUGAAGGAAUUUCCAAGUGGUAUUGUGACUACUGCGGAAAGGGCUUCUACGCUGAAGAUUAUUUAGAUCGACAUUUUGACAACAAACAUCCAGAAUUUGUCAGAGAAGACAAGUCUGCUGUCUGCUUUGCUGACUACUGUGACAUCAUGAGAUGUGACAUCCUCGACGGCAGGAGGAGAAAGGAAUUCUGGGAUGUUUCUUUAUGUCUCGAGAGUGAUAUGAAAGAACUAAUGGAAGACUGUGAGAAAUUGAUGAGUGCUUGCGUUCCUGAUGGUUUAAGUAAAAAUGCUACAGAAUUCCUGAUAACUCAUAUGACUCAAAAUGUCUGCUCAUUUCUCACUUGUAAGAAAUACUGGGAUUCAGCUGUAGAAGAGGAAAAUGAGGGCAUUAUAUUUUACUCCAUUCUGACAGUUUUUCUCAUCAUAAUGCUGACCAUUUACUAUUGUGUAGCUUAUCAUUAUUUUUAUACGGACACGUUCACGGAUUCCUAUUACGAUACUUACUAUGAAAGGAAUCAUCCUUUAACCAAUGUUCAAACUGCAAGAGAAGAUAACUCUGGAACAAGACGAAGGAUUUUAGAAGAAGAUUUUGAUGCUCACAACAUCAGCUGACGAAUGUUUUUCAGAGGAUUUGGUCUAGGGUCUAAGGUUUAGGCACUAAGCUUGGAUGAAGUGUGUGU